AUGGUGAAAGAUCUCACUACAACACAAAGAAACCAAGUGGUGCAAUUCAUCCUCCAAGGCAGCAUUGAUGGGAAGCCGAAACAUGGCAGAAUACUUGAAGCCGUUCAGAAAUUCUCAACCUCUCGUUCCACUGUUACUCGACUGUGGAGGGCUGCAAGAAAGCAACAUCAAGCAGGUGAAGUUAUACACAGUGUAAGUCGAAAGAUUACUACAAAACGUAGAACUCGAGUUCAUCUAGAUUUGACUGUUCUAUCAAAUCUCGAAUACACCAAGCGAGGCACGAUUAGGAAGCUUGCAGUUGGUCUAGAAACCAGUAAGAGCACCAUUGGUAGGUGGGUGAAAACUGGAAAAAUCAGAGCACACACAAGUGCUCUAAAACCAGAUUUGACAGCCACCAACAAGCUAUUGAGGCUGCGAUUCUCACUUGAAUCCUUAGAAUUGGAUAGGAUUCUUAAUAAAAUCAAAUUCAGAGAUAUGCAUAACACCGUGCAUAUAGACGAGAAGUGGUUUUACAUUACUCGAGGUUCACAUAGAUACUACUUAGCACCCGGAGAGCCCGAGCCACACCGAACAUGUAAAAGCAAGAAAUUCAUUACCAAGAUCAUGUUUAUGUGCGCUGUAACAAGACCAUUGAUAGCAGAAAAUGGUACUGUUUUAUUUGAUGGUAAAAUAGGUAUAUUUCCAUUCACCAUCCAAGUUCCAGCUAAGAGAAAUAGUAGGAACAGACAAGCUGGCACACUUGAGACUAAAGCAAUCGAGUCAAUCACAAAAGAAGUGAUUAAAGAUUGUUUAAUCAACAAGAUCAUACCAGCCAUAAUGGCUAAGUGGCCAGAGGGAGCUAGCAAAGAUAUAUUCAUUCAACAAGACAAUGCAAGACCUCACAUACUAGAUAAUGAUCCAGAUUUCAGGAAGGCAGCUAGUCAAGGAGGCUUCAACAUUAGACUCACACAACAGCCACCAAACAGCCCAGAUUGUAAUGGAUGCAUGAUGGAAAUCAUGAAGUUUAAGGGGCAGAAUUGUUACAAGAUUCUACACAUGGGAAAAGAUGCACUUAGAAGGUUGAACCAACUGCCACAGAACUUGGAAGUCCCAGUGGAGUUAAUUCAAGGGUGUAUAGAUUACCUAAAUGAGAUGGGCAACCAAGAUGGAAUCACAGAAAUAGUGCAAAGCCUUGGUUUAGAUGAGAUUGAAGGUUACUAA